AUGGCGCCCCAGGUCAUCAACUUGCCUGACGGCCAGAGCUUCACAGUCAAACCCGUCUUUUCUGGUCUCUUUUUCAAAUCCAAUGAAUUAAGCAAUCAACUUAAUCCCUACCCGAUUGGCUGGACCGUGGUCCUAAAUACACAAGAGCGAGAAGUGUCCCCCCUCGGCGUCGGUGCCGGAUAUCAUGAUUCGCCUCCGAUCAACGGCCACGGACCAAACAACCAUCUGGACGGAGUUGCGGCCCACGCCCACUCCCACGCCAAUGGCUCGCACCUACGCAUCCGUCCCUAUACAAAGCCAUCGUUGCAAAAUGACAAUCUCUUCAUCUCAUCCGUGUCCCUCCCCUCGAGCUCCGAGUACAAGGCCCCCGCCAGUCCAACCCGCCAAAUCGCCAUGAUGCUCUGGAUUACGCUGUACUGGUACUUCCACCAGCCCGAGCCGCUUCCUUACCUGCGCACCGAGGCCUCCAAGAACACCCCCGACGACGCGAAGCCUAAAGGCGACUGGCUGAUCAACGUUAAAAAGGACGGCGUGCUGCGCGGCAGGAACCUGAUACCCAAGCUUGAGCGAAUGGGCCUCAUCGCGUCGGCUGAUUCCGCCGUCAGCGACGAGUCGGCCGAGUCGUGGUCCCGCAUGUUCGUGUCGAAGAAAAUGUUUUGGCAGAUCCCCGGUCGCCUCUUUCUCUUUAGCCUGCAGCACAAUACCUACCUUGGCAGCAGCUCCCUCCUGGGAUCCCCGCCAAGCAGCAGGCCUGGCACACCCCUGUCGCCGCUGAUCGCCGCCGCCGACGCCGACCAAUCCGCCAUGUUUUCGAUACCCACGACAACCUUCACGGCACCGCCCACCUCGGUUCCCUCCGGUCCAUUUUACUCCAGCUCGCAUUUACCAACCUAUUACCCUCCUGGUCCGCUCGCCUAUACGACUACGAAUAAUGUGCGGCAUCCCCUGCGGCCGAAGCCCCCGCGAAUGGGCGAGAUAUUCUAUUCCCGAUUCGUGCCGAGCAUAGGCCAUUAUCUGUCGCUCCGAGUAGCUUCGACCUCGGCGACACCCGUGCAAUAUCGCGGCCCUCUGGGGCCCAACCCCCCCGAACAUACGCACCUCCGGGAACUCUCCGACACCGCUCUCUUGAAAUCCUGGCUCUCAAAGCCUCGCGUGUCUAAAUUCUGGGGCGAAUUCACCCCCGAUUUCCUCCUCAACGCCGUGAAGUCGCAGCACUCGUUCCCCGUCAUCGGCAUGUGGGACGGCGUACCGUUCGGCUAUUUCGAAAUAUACUGGGUCAAGGAGGAUCCUCUAGGACAAAAGCUCGGGGACUUGAUCGCCGACUGGGACCGCGGGCUGCAUAUUCUGGUCGGCGAGGAGUGGGCGCGGGGGAGGGUGCCGACUUGGCUGUCGAGCUUGGUGCAUUGGUGCUUGACGGCGGAUUUCCGCACGAUGAGCAUCUGUUUGGAGCCGCGGGUCGAUAACAGGUUCCUUUCUCAUCUUCAGAAGGCGGGAUUCUCGAGGGAGCGGCAGAUUGCGUUUCCGCAUAAACAGGCGUGGCUUAUUCGGAUGAGACGAGAGGACUGGGAAGGGCCUGCUCUCUAA